GGUUCGGAAGCGUAACGCGUAUAAAGUGCAUUCAUAGUGGAUCCGGAGCCCGCGCUACUGGCGUGCUGCGCAUUCUUCGUGCCUGCUGUAACACGCAGUGUCAGUUGUCAGCUGUCCGGAGCUCCUCUCUCUGUUCUCCGGGGAACUUUCUGUAAGUCAGUCAGAGUCGGCGCACGCGGAGGACGCCACCCCGCCGCUGGAUCCGGAUCUUCUUUUUCUUCUUCUUUUUUGUUAUUUUUCUUUUGAGGACCCAAAAGGCGCGGAUCUAUUUCAUCCGGGAAUGGUUUUCGUGGCGCGGACGCGGCGUCUUCCUCUCUGGAGUUAACCCCACUGCUGGAGAUGAAAGUGACGGUGUGCUUCGGCAGGACGCGGGUGGUCGUUCCGUGCGGGGAUGGCGUCAUCAAGGUCCAGGGUCUGGUCGAGAAAGCGACCAUGCGCUACAGGAAAGCCAUCGCAAAGGACUCUAGUUACUGGGUUCAGGUGCACCGACUGGAGCAUGGAGAUGGAGGGAUUUUGGACCCCGAUGACAUGCUGUGUGACGUGGUGGAUGACAAAGACAGGCUGGUUGCAGUUUACGAAGAACAGGAUCCACACAAUGGAGGUGAUGGAACCAGUGCCAGUUCCACAGGAACUCACAGUCCAGAACCAUUUCCCAGCGACACAAGUUCUACUUCAGCCUUCCAGCCUUACCAGGCCGACAGUGAGAUCGAAGUCACGCAGUCUGCUCUGCAGUCUAGCAUGGCCCUCAACGUCCGCCGCAGUAGCGACCCCUCCUCGCCUGGCCUUCCUCCAGGUGAGGUCCUGGACAUUCAAGAAGAACCGUCCAGAAAGAACCCAUCUCGCUGGUCCACAACAGCUGGGUUUCAAAAGUUGAACCAUAAGCCAAGUGCAAGUUCUGGCUCAAGCAGCCUGGAGCCAAAGGAAAGAUUGGCGCAUGCGUACAGGAGUCUUCCUCGCGAUGCAAGUGGCUGGACCACUCAGUUUCAGAGGGAAAUGACCCGAUCUUCCCUCAGCGCCAACCACCCAAUGGUGGAUCGAUGGUUUGACCGCCAGGACCAGGAAGACGAGGCAGAGGAGCAAAGCACGCAGGAGCGACGGAUUGAGCGGACCGAGCCCGUCGGGAGGGCAGACUCCUCCCUGGAUCAUUCACCUUUCCUAAGUUUUGAAAGCAUGCUCAAGCCGGUCGAAGUGUCCAACAAUGGGGGCCCCCUGGGGAUCCACGUGGUCCCCUUCAGUUCACAGGAUGUCAGGACUCAGGGUCUGCUUGUGAGGCGUCUGGAGCCCGGAGGGAAAACUGAGCAGGAGCGUCUCUUCCAGGAGAACGACUGCAUCGUCAAGAUAAACCAGGGGGACAUCCGGAACCUCCGUUUUGAACAAGCCCAGAACAUUUUCAGGCAGGCCAUGCGCUCCACCGUCAUCCUCUUCCACGUGGUCCCCGCAGCCCUCAAGAGGCAGUACGAGAUCCUGUCGGCCACCAAGGAGAUCGCCUCCCCCCAGUUAAACAGGGUCCGCUUUAGCCAAGACUCCCAACAUCCCGGCUACAGGUCAAGUCUGGUUGGAGGGUCGUCAGUCAGAUCUGGAUCGCAGUCCAGCAUGAACCACAAUCACCAGGGCCCGCUUUCAGGGAGCACUCCUGAGAUGAGCCGACGCUUUGCCACUUUACCCCCCUCUUUGAUCUCCAAGACACCUCCUUCCUCGUCACCCUCCCUGCAGCGGAGGAUAAGCACAAACAUACCGACCACGUCCUACCUGAAGAAGAGAGGUCGCAGGUUCAACGUCCAGUUAAAGAAAGGAGAAGAAGGUCUGGGAUUCAGUAUCACCUCUCGGGAUGUCCCCAUUGGAGGAACUGUUCCCAUUUACAUCAAAAACAUCCUUCCUCGAGGCGCUGCCAUCCAAGAUGGCCGACUGAAAGCGGGAGACCGGCUGCUGGAGGUAAGUGGAGAGGACCUGAGUGGGAAGAGCCAGGAGGAGGUGGUGGCCUUGCUUCGAGCCGCUCCCAUGGAAGGGAUCGUGAACUUGCUGGUGGUUCGGGACGAGGACUCCCUGCUGCCUCGGGAAGUGGAGGAAGAUGACACGGCCUUGACACGUAACGGAACACAAGAGUUCAUGACCUUUGAGAUCCCCCUAAGCGACUCAGGCUCAGCAGGUUUGGGGGUCAGCGUAAAGGGCAACCGCUCAAAGGACACCCAGGCUGAUCUGGGUAUCUUUGUAAAAUCCAUAAUCAACGGGGGUGCUGCUAGUAAGGACGGACGCCUACACGUCAACGACCAACUCAUUGCAGUCAACGGAGAAUCAUUGCUUGAUAUGACCAACCAAGAGGCCAUGGAAGCACUGCGCAAAUCCAUGUCCGUAGAGGGCAACAAGCGUGGCAUGAUUCAGCUCAUUGUGGCCCGGAGAAUGGCCAGAGAUAUUGAGGAACCUCCACUGAGCCCCAUACCACAAGAGCUUCCUGUCAACUCCCUCCUCGACAGCCAGGAACGCCGGAUCUCCCAUUCCACCUUUGAAACCUUCGAUGGCUCGGACACCAUUUCCCCGCCACGAGCUAACGUCAUAACACGCAUGGGUCACUACCAGCUCUCUCCGACUGUGAACAUGCCUCAGGAAGACAUGGUGAUAAUCGAAGACGAUAGGCCACCCAUGCUUCCUGCCCGUCUGUCGGAUCAUUCGUCCUCCAGUUCCCAUGAAGACAUGGGCUUUGUGGGAGAAAACCCAAGUGGUUGGAUGCAGGAAAUGCCUGUGCAGGAGGAAUGCUCACUCAGUCCUGAUGCAGAGGCCGACCUCUCGUUCCAGAGGGAGGGCUUUGGCCGCCAGAGCAUGUCUGAGAAGCGCACCAAGCAGUACGACAAUCCUGCAAGGCUGGAGAUUAUGAAAAGUCGAAAAACCAAAAGCAUGGAUCUAGGUUCUGAGGAACGUGGAGCUUUAUCUUCAUUGGAUCAGAAAAAGCCAGGUUCCCUCGAGAGCCUUGAAGCAGCUGUAGCCAAGGUGAGCGUCAACAACAAGAUCGGCGUCCACAGGCUGCACUCCCACAUGACACGAGGCCGCGGCUGCAACGAAAGCUUCCGGGCGGCGAUCGACAAAUCCUAUGAGAAAUCCGGCUCGAAAAAGGGAAGCAGCAUUGAGACACUGGACGAUGACACAGAGGGAAGCUCACGGUCUGGCCGGGAGUCCAUGUCCGCCAGCGGAGAGCUCAUUGCGGUCGACAGCGCAAGCGGUCGCAGCGAUGAAAGGGAAAAAGAUCCACCAAAAGAGUCACAAAAGGAAAAGAAGCUGGAAAGGGACAAGAACAAGUCAAAGAAGGGUGUGCUGAAGGGUCUGGGUGACAUGUUCAGGUUUGGAAAGCAACGAAAGGGUGAGGACCAGAUAGAGAGGAGAAGCUCCAGCAAAUCUAAAACUGGAGAAGCUUCAGAGGAAGAGACUCUUCAGAUGAAGAUAGAAAGAGAAAGAAUACAGGCCAAAACCGAGGAGUUCCGGGAGAAGCAGGUGAAGGACAGGGAGUACGCCGAGAUCCAAGACGUCAUCAGCCGCACCUUCAGCUCGGACGAGGAGCACACCUACGCCGGCAUCGGCUCGCUGGGCUCGUCCAUGGACGGCAGCAGCAGCGAUGCCUACAGCCACCCCUACCACCUCCCACAGAACCCCCAGGGCCCUCCACCGCCUCCCCCUCCUCCCCCUGCAACGCUGAACCUCGAUAGCAACGGACCACCACUGGAGGCGCUCUAUGCCCAGGUCAACAAGGCUCGCAACGGGCAUCCUCCAGCUCCUGAAAGCACUCAGAUGACUCCCAGCAACCACGACCGGAUACAAAGGUUGAGACAUGAGUUUCAGCAGGCCAAGCAGGAGGAGGACCUAGACGGCCAUAAGCGCUCGUACAGCUUUAACCAACCCUGGGUGAGUAACGGGACUGAAUCUCAGAGCGGACGUCAUUCUGCAACGGUUGAGACUCAAGCACAGAAACAGCAGCAGAACGAGGCAGACUCCUUCCAACAAGCACAGAGGCACUACAACUCCCUGCCGCGGCAACCUCGCAAAAACCACAGCACAGCGUCUCAGGACUCAUGGAUGUACACGCCAGCGGAGGGAUACCCGCCUUCCAAGGAAAACCCUCGCUACCCCGGGGCCCCGCCCCCACGCAACGGCUACCUGGGCAUGUCCAGCUUCAACACUCGUGUCCUCCUGGAGACCCAGGAGCUGCUGCGGCAGGAGGAGAGGCGCAAAGAGCAGCAGGAAGCCAUGAAAGAGCAGCUGUCGCUCUCGUCAGAAGCCUCCAGUGGUAACAGCAGUGGCGCCGCCUUCAGCCUCAGCAGGGAAAACACUGUGAUACCCGGCUCAACCCCCAUGCGGGUCGGGUCUCAGCCCAAAGGGCCCUACAGGCAGGACGUCCCACCCUCGCCCUCGCAAAUCACCAAGUUCAGCUUUCGGCACGGCUCUGAAAAAGGAAGGAUGUUUUAUUCCUGAGACGAACUAAAAGAUUUUUUUUUUUUUUUUUAAGAACUGAUUCCAUCAAGAAUUUAUAGGAUAAAAGUCAGUUUUUUUUAACAAUGACACAAUUUUUUUUAAAUAAACUGUUACAAGUAAAACUCAUUUUUAUAGCUGCAGCGAAAGGAAACGAGCAUCAAUCCUUCAUCGUCCAGCGACGUCCUCCGUUCGUCGAACACUAAAGUGCCUUUUGGAGCUGUUAGUGCGCGUAGGCGUGAGGCCAACGCGUUAACCCAUCCGCCUGACACCGGCAGUAAAGCAGACAUCCCAGCAGAAGGUUACGGGUGUGGGUCACGGCAGCAUCAGCGGAUCUGACAGCAGGCUGACCUGAGCAAUCUAACCUCCAGAGCGUGACACAGUCCAGACAUGUUCUGUGCCAUCUGUGGGGGGUGGGUGGCAUGGAUCAUCACAGAAAAACAGAUGCAAAACGUAUGCAAAACUCUUCUAUAAAUGUUUUUAUAUAUAUUGUCAGUCUAAAAUUGUUUGUGUUUUACAGAUAUUUUUGUACUUAAAGGUGGUGUAUGGAAGCUCUUUCCUAUCAAAUAAUACGAUCUAAACUGCAGAUCACUUAUAGAGUUCAAUAACAUGUAUUGAGGUUUGGUACUGAACUCUGUGAUGUCAUGAUCCCCUCAUCUGACGGUUGUCAUGACAACGACGGUCUGAAGUGUUCGUGGUUUUUCCAGCUUCUUAAAUAUUUUCUUAAACUUUAAUUCUCGCGAUUUUUUUUUUCAUUGGGUCAUCGACAGUAUAAGAGAACUGGACAGAGUGAUUAUGAGCUUGUUGGAAGGCCACACCCCUACCACUUGAAAUCUGUCAAACAUUUCCAACAUUUGAUGUAAACGUUAUACUUUUAUUGAAGCAUCUGAUUGGUCCGUUCAUCAAAUGAACAUGUUUGAAAAAGAUAGAGCUACAAUGGUAAUUCUGAUACAAAUAAUGACUGAUUAAUAGCUUUUUAUUUCUCAGAAGAAGUUUAUUGGAUCUUGGCAUCUUGGAGCCAACAGGAACUUCCUGAGGGGGUCCAGUUCUCAUAUACAGUCAGAGGUCAAAGAGCAUGAAAAUUUUAGUGGUUUGAACUCGCACUCGGUUCCUUAAAGGAACUUGGAGUAGAGGCUGGUGUGUGCAGCAGGAUCCUGAACAGUUUGUUGUUUUGAUUAGGGCUCAGCUCUGUCUGCUCCCAUAUUCGGUAUGAGAUUCCUGAAUUCUUUCCCUGACCCCCCACCCCCACCUCCCCCACUCACAUGGUUUCCCUCCUGCUCUGUCAGUGUGUGAAAACAGCUUUAGGUCUUCUGGAGUUUUGCUCGUCUCCACUCAGUCAGGAGAAACGGUCAGAUCAAACGGGGGUCACAUUUGCGUUUUUAAUUCAUUUCUUUCAUCAAAAAUGGACAAAUCCCUUCGAGUAUGUUCAUGUUCCACCUCCUCUACAACAGUUUUUUUAGUAUUAUUAUUAUUUGAAGGGUGCUAAGACACAGAGACUCAAUUUUAGGAAUGAUAAUCCACAUGUUACACACUCGAAAACUGAAUCUGUUUUCGGAUCUAAAAAGAAGUACUUUUAUUGUUUGAUCAGUAACUAUUCCCUUUUUAAAGUAAAUAUGUCGAUCAGAUCUGAAUCUACUCGGAAAAUAUUCUUAAAAAAACAAAAAACUGUCACUAAUUGAGUCUUAAAACUAAGAAAAAAAGUCCUUGCUUAGACUAAACUUUGCUUCUAGUGUGGCCCCUAAGUUGCAAAACAAGCCCAUAUCAUCAUUCUUCCACCGCCGUGUUUGCCAGUGAAUGAUUUUACUUAAAAACAGUGUUUUGUUUUAACUAAACUGGACCAAUAAAUGCACUUUCAUUAAUCAGUUUAUUGGACUCUGAGGUUAGAUUUCUGUUUUUUACUGUCUGGGAAACUCUUAACUGCAGCCGCUCAUUUCGGAACACAUUCAUUUUGUACACAUUUGUUAAACGAGAUAAAGCAAAAGUGAGACCCAGCAAAACCUGGAAUGUGUCAGCAAGACUGGAGCUGAUCCUUCUCCAGGCUGAAGUCCAAACUUCAGCCUUGAACGUUUUGACCUAAACUCAUCAAAUCAAGCGUCUGUUUUUCAACAACUUCUAUGGAAACCAAAGAAAGAAGUUGCCUGCAGCUUUAUUCUAAAACAUUAAGCCUAAAAGGAGUUUUCCCUUUGUCAUAACUGAACUUUUGGGUAGAAAUGAGCUCUUCAGUGCAGAAAAUGGGCAAACCCUAAGGUGGUCCACGCAAAAUUCUAAGAUCGCUGAGCACUCUGUAAAGUUAGCCUUGUAAGUACUUCUGAAUUCACUAACCACACAUAUGACAAUGGUACGUUCCGAGUUCACGAUGUCCAUUAAAGUUACGGCAUGAGUCAAAAGAGACGAGACACACCUGUAGUUCCUUUGGCCCCUUGACCCUAAAACCUGCAGCAUCUCUACUGGUCCAUGUGAUUAAUGCUUGUAUCAUUUCUGGUCUAUUUGGCCAGACCAGAAAAACACAAUGGAUCUCCUACGCCUGGUUUACAGUGGACGCGGAAGAGUCGCGGGACGGAGACCGCUUCCAUUUGGUGCCCUUGUUAACCUAUGGUGUAGUUCUCACCAGGCGCGGAGCGCUGUGGAAGUCUCUCGCUGUGCAGCGGAUCCUUUCGCCGCCUGGUCUAUUUUCUGCAGGAGUCGUGAGCAAUCCGCGUCAAUUCUGGCAGUAAAUGACAUCAAGAUACAUGAGAAAAUCCGGCUUAUUUUCAGAAUGUAACCAGUUUUUUUACAGUAAUACAUCAAGAUUGACUAUUUUUUUUUGUACCUAAACUAGGGGUUUAAACUCAAACACAUACCUUGGGUCACGGGCUGAACAGGAUAAAAAUUUACUGAACACACUAAAACUAAAUUUUGAAACUUAAAAAACGUAACUUUUUAAUGUGGACCGAACCUCUGGAUGCAGCUGGUACUGCUACCCUAACCCUAACCCAGGGGUAGGGAACCCUGGUCCUCGAGAGCCGCCUUCCUGCAUGUUUUCCAAUAAACCCUGCUCUGGCACUUUUUUUUAUUGGCUGGACACACCUGAACCAGG